AGGGACGGGCCGCGCCGCGCCGCGCCGGUAGCGCUGCCGGGACGGAGCCUGCGCUGAGCCCGGGCCGCGCCGUCCCGCCCUCGCCCUCCCCCUCCCGACACGCACCCGCCUUCGCCCCCGUCUCACCGGAGCCGUCGGGGCCCCGAGAACGGCCUGCAGAGCGCGGCCGGGGAGCGGGCCCCCUCCCCAUUCGCCUUCCCUCCCGUCGCGGAGGAUGAGGAGCCAACACCGCCGAUUAAUAGAAAUAUGCAUUUCCAUAAUACUACCUUUGAACUAAUGAAGUGGAAAUACAGAUGAAAACAGUCUGGAGCAAGCUUGAAGUACAAUACAGUUUCAUUCAGUUUCCUAGUUCUGAGGAAACGAAGUUGGAAAAGUUACAAAAGCAUCCUUGUAAUCAAGCACCAAAUCUUGUAUUAGGCUUCACUGAGCAAACAAAACUUAACACUUGUCAAGCAGAAGGAGCAGUUGCCUUGCACAGAGAGGAUUGAAAGUGAACAAUGACUCGAACCAGAGUUUAUGAGCGACUGCUUGGAGCCUAUCUGCUUGUCAUUCUCCAUGUUCAAGGUUUAGGUCAAAAUCUAGACAGCAUGCUUCAUGGCACAGGAAUGAAGACAAAUCCUGACCAAAAGAAACAAGCAAAUGGAGUAACACUCGCUCCAGAAGACACUUUACCUUUUCUUAAGUGCUACUGCUCAGGACAUUGUCCAGAUGAUGCUAUUAAUAACACGUGCAUAACUAAUGGGCAUUGCUUUGCUAUCAUUGAGGAAGAUGAGCAUGGAGAACCAACACUUGCUUCUGGCUGCAUGAAGUAUGAGGGUUCAGAUUUCCAGUGCAAGGACUCACCUAAAGCACAGUUGCGUCGAACGAUUGAGUGCUGCCGGACUGAUUUCUGCAAUCAGGAUUUACAACCAACAUUGCCACCAUUUGAUAGUACAGAUGGACUUUUUGAUGGCAGCAUUCGCUGGAUGGCAGUGCUGAUUUCUAUGGCAGUCUGCAUAAUUGUCAUGAUAAUCUUAUUUAGCUGCUUUUGUUACAAGCAUUACUGUAAGUCGAUGGCAAAGAGGCACUGUUAUAAUCGUGAUCUGGAACAAGAUGAAGCAUUUAUUCCAGCUGGGGAGUCAUUAAAAGACCUUAUUGACCAGUCACAGAGUUCUGGGAGUGGAUCAGGACUUCCGUUGUUGGUUCAGCGCACAAUUGCCAAACAAAUUCAGAUGGUGAGGCAAGUUGGGAAAGGGCGAUAUGGUGAAGUGUGGAUGGGAAAAUGGAGAGGUGAAAAAGUUGCAGUUAAAGUGUUUUUCACCACAGAAGAAGCCAGUUGGUUCCGAGAAACUGAGAUUUACCAAACUGUUCUAAUGCGUCAUGAAAACAUCCUUGGUUUCAUAGCUGCAGACAUUAAAGGCACUGGCUCCUGGACACAGCUUUACUUGAUUACAGAUUAUCAUGAAAAUGGAUCAUUGUAUGAUUUUCUGAAAUGCACUACGCUGGACAACAGAGCUCUUCUCAAACUGGCAUAUUCUGCUGCAUGUGGUCUGUGCCAUCUACACACAGAAAUUUAUGGGACACAAGGCAAGCCUGCUAUUGCACAUAGGGACCUGAAGAGUAAAAACAUCUUGAUAAAGAAAAAUGGAACCUGCUGCAUUGCUGACUUGGGUCUUGCAGUCAAGUUUAACAGUGACACAAACGAAGUUGAUGUUCCCUUGAACACUCGAGUGGGAACAAAGCGUUACAUGGCUCCAGAGGUCCUAGAUGAAAGCCUGAAUAAAAAUCACUUCCAGCCAUACAUCAUGGCUGAUAUCUACAGUUUUGGGCUGAUCAUUUGGGAAAUGGCUCGGCGCUGUGUCACAGGAGGUAUUGUUGAAGAAUAUCAGUUGCCAUAUUAUGACAUGGUGCCAAGUGAUCCAUCUUACGAGGACAUGAGAGAAGUGGUGUGUGUCAAACGCCUGCGCCCUGUAGUAUCAAAUAGAUGGAAUAGUGAUGAAUGUUUAAGAGCAAUAUUGAAGUUAAUGUCUGAAUGCUGGGCUCAUAAUCCUGCUUCGAGGCUCACAGCCUUGAGGAUCAAGAAGACACUUGCCAAGAUGGUGGAAUCACAAGAUGUAAAGAUUUGACAAAGUAAAUUGACAUUGGAGAGCAAAGCUGGACUCCUAGAUCUUUUCACUCAAGCAUGGGUGAGACCUAUGUGGAAAGAGGAAAUAACUGAGAUUCAGUAUAUUUUCUCAGCACACUUCUACAGGCUGCUAAUCAAAUCUUUCAGUACUUCAUAGACUGUGAUACUGAGAGCCUCUACACACUACGUAUAUGGACAGCCUUCAUAGAAUACACUUUUUGGUUUUGUUUGAGCUGCAUUGAGACUUCAGUCAUAUUUAGUGAGUCUCCAGUAAAACUCUGGGUACUGAAUUGAAUGUUCAGAUUACAGUGCUUUCUGUGAAAGCCUAACAAGCUAUAUGGAUUCAACAGAGAUGGAGAAUAUAAGCUUUUUUUUGCCUUCUACCUGGUAAAACCUAGUCAGUCCAUAUACCAAGUUUUUGUGAAACAGCCUGUAAGUUAUGAAUCUGUUUGUGAUACUACUCAAUUUAACAGUUCCUUAUGCUUUUAUGUGUGUGCCAGGAUUAUUUUGCUGUCAUUUGGAAUAGAUAAGAAAGCAUUUAAAUGAACAAAAGUUUUGUAGUCAGGGCUUCAUGCAUUUUGUGGCUCCACAAUCAGAUUUGCUGCAGAAUUUACUCCUUGUCAUUAAGUUAUCUUCCAGAAUCUCAGUUUUAAUUUUAUUUCUGUUACUGGUUUGAUCACAAGGAGAAUUGGAAAAUGUGAACCAUUAAUAAAUUAAGAAAUGCCUACCUAAGUCUGUAAAGAGUUUAAACUAUCUCUCUUAGAGUCACAGGCUGCCUUGUUCAUCAUGCUCACAGUCUAGUGGACUCCAUAACUAAAUGACUUUGAAAUUUGGCUUACUUUUCACAAUGCCACAUGCAGACAGUGUUUUUUAAUAUUUUGCAUCAUAAGAGAUGAGACCACUGAUGAUGUGUUUUGCCUUUCUACUUUACUGGGACUCACUGGCAGAUGCCUGUCAUACUCUGAACUUCUUUUCCAUACAGGAGGGAAUCAGUCAGCUUUUUCAUCAUGUGACAAAACUAGGCAGAAGAUACAUUUUGAAAGGAUAGAGAACAAGUCUAAUUUACAGACACAAAAGAAGGCAGGAAUCUUCACUCAGAAGAUUAGAAAAUACAAUAAUGGUCAAGACCAGGAAAAGUGAAUAUAUGAAGUGUUGAAGUCCACAACGUGCAAAAGGUUUUGAGCUGGGUGCCUAGAUGUAAAUCCAGCAGGCCACAUCUGUGGGCCACUUAGUGGACAGUUACAAAAUUCAAGAUUGAUAAGAUAAAUCAAUGGGUGCUUUAAAUUCUAGUUAGGCACAUUUGGGAGGCCUGGCAUUGAAAGAUUAAUUCAUUAAGAUAAAGUGAAUUAGCAUAAUUGCAAAAUUUGUUCCUACUGUGCCAACUAUUUGGCAUGUAUAGGAAACUGUAGUUCCCUCCUUUUUUUCACUGAUCUGGACAAGUUUGUUAAAAACCUGAACCCCUCCAUGAGGUUACUGUAAAGCAGAAUUAGUGAUCUAUAACUCCUUUGGCACUUCUGCUAUGAAUUCAGAAACCAUAACCCAAGCUGAAGCAUCAAAUGCAUGAGUCAUCUGAAGAAUGAACACACAAUAUUGGAACCAUUGAAUCUAUUUGAUAAUUUAAGUGCCUAUUACUUUGUACUGUAAUCUUGUUCUAGAUAACUUUAAAAAGGGAAUUUAUUUAUAUAGUGUUUUGUGCUUUAGUAAAAAAUCCCACCUAGUCCUAGGUACGUGUGUACAAUCAGGUACAUGCACACACACACACACACACACACACACACACACACACACACAUGCACAUUUUGCCAUAGUAGAGAUUUGAAUAAAAAUACUAGGAAUAGUAUUAAAAUUGUUGGGAAAAAAAUGUUAGAGCCUCAAAAUGAUUUAUGCCAGAUUAUUUGUUGUCUUUAAAAUAUGUAUGUGGAGAUUGUUUUGAUACGUUUAAAUUACCCUUGAAAAUCCAACUGAUAGAAAACAAUGUAAUGAAGAACUAAUGUGAUUCGUGAACAAUUACAACCUUCUAAUGUUAUUUUUGUUUUAAUUCUGUUGUUCACAUAAUGUAAAUGGUCAGGCAAGAGAUUGCAGUAUUUUUAUUUUCUAUUGUGAUGUACAGGUUUUAUUUAACAGUUCUACAUAUUUUAUGGAAACCGAGCUAUUUUGAGGGACAUUUCUUUUUUUUUUUUUUUUUAAAUAAAGUCAUUACUUUUGUUCAGUAAUGCCUUUAAGUAUUAAUAUGUAUUCUGGCUUAAAAGUUCACAGGUGUGUCAAAUAUGAUUUUAACUUAUUUGAAAACAGCAAGAGCUGUAUGAUAUUGUGCCACAAUCCUCAUGAUAAAGGGCUUCUUAAAAAAACUUUUUCUCCGUCCAUUGCCAAGAAUUAUAUGAGGAGUUUGAAACUGUCA